AUGACCAAGAAGAAAAUUCAACAAAUUACUUUAGAGUCACUUAGAGACGACAAUAUUCAAAAAAGAAACGAAUUCCUCAAAAUCAUGAGCGAUUUGAAUGCCGCAACAGUUAAUUGUUUUGACGAAAGUAGUGUUGUAAAAACGACCUCGAACCGACGAUACGGCAAUGCCCCUUGCGGCCAACCAGCGUUUGAAAUUCAACGAUAUGUAUCUAAUGCAACAUAUACAAUUAAUUUGCUGCAUUCUCCCUAUGGCGUUGACUUUGUAGAGAUCUUGCAUGGUCCAUCGAACGGACAGAAACUGUUAUAUUUUGAAGAAGUACUGAGCAUCACAAAACCAGACGGCUCUGCUGUGUUGGAAAGAGGCGAUACCGUUAUCAUGGAUAACUGCGGUUUCCACCACGGUCACUUUGUUGAGCCGAUCCUUACCGCGAUGUUGAACGAUUCUGGAGUCAGUUUAGUUUUUCAACCACCGUAUUCACCAGAAUACAACACAUACGAAUUGUGCUUUAAUGAAAUCAAGUCGUACUUACAACGAAAUCAACGCCUAGCAGAGCAGGACACAGAAUAUGCAAUAUUUUUAGGGUGUGAAGAAAUAAGUCAGCAAAAGUCGAUCAACUACUUUAGACAUUGCGGAUAUUUGUUGUAA